AUGGAUUUAAGACAGUCAACAAAAGUGAUCAAGGAGAUGAACCGGCUGGGCAUGCUGGUAGACCUGUCCCACGUGGGAGAGAACAGCACCCGAGCUGCCAUCAGGGUGUCACGGGCUCCGGUCAUCUUCAGCCACUCGUCGGUCUACAGCCUCUGCGCCCACAAGCGCAAUGUGCCUGAUGACAUCAUCCAGUCUCUGAAGGAGAAUGGCGGCAUCAUCAUGAUCAACUUCUUCCCGGACUUCGUCAAGUGUGCUCCGAACGCGACUCUUUCUGAUGUGGCUGAACAUUUCCACUAUGUGAAGCGGAUGAUUGGCGCUGACUAUGUCGGCAUUGGCGGCGACUUCGACGGCGUGAACAGGUAA